AUGGCUCGUAGCUUAGCCAACACAAGUCGAGGCGUUGCGGGUUCAUCCGGGAACAACGCAGUCAACAAUAGGAGGACAACCUUGGAUGAUGUGAUGAGAGCGCCUUCAACGAAUACUCCUGAUAUCGUUGUUUUGGAUACCACACAUGCCGAAAAAGUUCGCAAGGAUAUCCUAAACCCACAAGAAGACUUGUGGCUUUCUUCUGCAGAUGGUCGUUAUAAUUCACCGAUCAUUCCCUUGCAGGUCGGAGUCUUUCCGAAAACGCAAACCUUCAACGUGCACAAAGAUAUAUUGCUGAAAACAGAAUACUUCAGGAAAGCACUCUGUGGGGACUUCAGUGAGGCCAUGUCGCAAUCCAUUGACCUGCCUGAGGAGGAUCCUGCAAUUUUUCACUUCGUCGUAGCCUUCUUAUAUGAGGGGUCAUACAUUCCCAUAACCCCGCUAGCAACAGCACUCGUUCCGGACGAAAAGGGAAAAGGAUUGGAGGUUGAUAGCGACCAGAGUAGCUCAGACUCAGAUUCCAGCGUCGGUGGCGACGGUGCAACAAGCGACUCCUCCAGUGCUCGCAGCCGAAGACGCCAGGCAAGACGCCGGAGGAGAGAGGACCGGCACUGGGAGAUGGCUAGACAAAAGCAUCCUGGCGCUCAUCGAAUAGGGUGCGGCUGCCGCCAAUGUCUUGCCGGCGGUGGUCCACCUUGUUGGCACUGCUUAGCCCCUCGCUUGCCUCCAGCGCCUCCCUUACUACCAGUCGAUCCAAGGGUGAUCAUUGUUGAUAAUAGACGAAGAACUAGGAACAACCGCCCCCAUGAUAGACCACACCUGCCAUCUCCUCCUCUGCCUUCGGAUCGCAACGCCAGCAGUGGCGAUCGCAUCCAGGGUGAGGACUUGCGAUCAUGGCUACUCACCUACGAACUCAACUUGGAUGUAUACAUCUGUGCUAACAAAUUCCUCAUGGACGGCUUCAAAAUGGCAAUCUCCAGAUGUACCAUUGAUAUGCUGGAAUCUGCAGGCGCAGAUGCCGCUCAACCCCAGGUGCUCCAACUGUGUGCCAAGCUUCACAGGGGACUUCCAGAGUCAGAUUCCUUGUUGAAGAUGGUACUUGCACGAGUCGGUUUCCUGCAACCCCUUCUAUGGCGUCGGUCACCGGAAGAGACGUCCGAAUUUUUGCUUAGCCAUCCAGAGAUCUCGGCCUUGAUACUCAAAGAGACAGCCACCAGACGGGAACAAGAUCAUGGCACAAAUCAGUUGCCGCCGAUGGAACGACCUUACUUACCGCCACCUUUAGAUAGCCCAUAUGCACGACCAGUCGCCCCAAUGCAUCGUGCCCGGUGGUGA